GGCUGAUGGCGUUUCAGGCCAGCUGCGCGCCGCUCAAGGCUCAUGAGGUGCUCUUGAGCUUCUGGCCUUUCAAGGCGGGUUGCUCGUCUCGCUUGCUGAAAGUGCCUGCCUUGCACCGGAGCUUGGGCGUGCCCGCUCUGAUAUGUGUGGCGGCUAUACGUUCACGUGGCCGCAAGGCUCGGAUUUGCCGACCUGCAGAAAAUGUCGAGCAGAUCAGGCUCAAUGAAGCGGAUCUCACAGGAUUCAGGAAGGACUUCUUUGAAUUGUUUACGCACGAGGAGGACUUCCUGUGGAAUGCCAUGACGCAUCCAAGGCAGACAGAGAGAGCCGUGUCUCGCUGCUUCAAGUUGGUGGUGAAGUGGCUUCCAGAGGAGGCUUUACAUGCCCUGCUGCGCCUCUUUGUCGAUGUGGACGCGGCGCCUGCGAUUUGGAUCUCCGGGCUUGCGCUUGAUGUUGACAUCCCGCCAACACCUGCGCUUCCGGGAGACUUCCGCUUGCCUGUGAGCGAGGCCUGGCUACUCGGAUUGGCAAGAUGCCUCGGUAUCCCCUACGGCAUGCUUGGGUUCUACUCGAACAACGCCAGGGGAGGCCUGAUCCGGGACCUUUCGCCAAAGCCAGGCCUGGGAGGCAUCAACCAGCCACACAUCAACCUUGGUCUCCACAGAGACGUCCCUGCGUGCGUCUCUGGUGAUGUCGAGCCGGACGGCUUCAUUCUCUUGGCAGCGCGUGGGGAUCCUGAGCACGCGGCGCUGACCCGGAUCUGCAGCCACCGGCGCCUCGCUGCUCGGCUGAAGCCGCCGCAGCUGGACGCCCUGCGGCGCAGCCCCAUGCGUACGGAGUGCGUCAGGCAGGGUGGUGGGAUCUCGCCGUAUGGCAAGCCUUUCUAUGCUGUGGAGGGCCCAGAGGAUGAUCCAAAGAUGACAUUCUUUUACAUACCUGACCACAAGGACUUCACUUAUAGGAUCGUGAGCGACGAUGAAGAGACUCAGGCAGCCUACCAUGCUGCUUUGGAAGUGGGUGCAGCUGUGUCGGACGAUGUUGACUUGCAGGCAGGUGAUGCUCUAAUCAUCAACAACGCUCGCUGCACCCACGGCCGCUCAUCCUUCAAGCCUCAGCUGGAUGGGACGGACCGAUGGCUGCUCAAGACGUUCGUCUCUGCGGGUGCGGCGCAUGCGUGCACAACCGCUUGGCCCAACUUGCUGCUGAAGCCAUGAUGCAGAGGA